CAAAGGAGAAGAAACUUUUUGAUAUCUUUUUUACCUUCGUGGAUCCGCAAGUCUCAAUUAUAAAAAAAAUAAAAAGAAAGGCACAAUGAAUCUUGCAUUUGGAGCCUCCCUUCAAGGCACGUCUGCAGAGCAGAUUUCCAAAAGCAUCAAAACCAAUAGAAAUGUGGUGAUUGAAAUAUCCAACAAUACAACUAAGUUCCUGACUAAUCCGAAGUACCACUGUCACAGCGGGUAUAACAACACCCCUCUUCAACCUACAAUCGAGCCGAAAAGUAGAGAGGCCUGCUCCUUCAGCAAAACGGGCGACUCGGCUUGUGGAAGUGUGGGAGUGAUGACGUAUGACAUCUGUGCAUCACCGAGACAAAGCGGCAAUAUGAAACUGGCUAUCAUGUUCAGUGUGCCUUAUGAUUAUAGUUUGUACGAGAAUUGGUUUGCAGUGGGCUUUUAUGACCUCAGUAAGGGGUGUGAUCACCAUUUGUAUCACGAAAUGUACCAACAGGUCAAACCAGAGUUUAAAAGAGCCAAAGCUACCCAGGGCACUCUGAGUCAUAGUGCCAACGGCCUUGAUAUCAAAGCAACAAUGUCUAAUGCCAAGCAAUCAAUAAUGCAAGUGGAAUUGUGGGAAAGCAAUGUCAAUUAUUCUUCAGGGUAUCCAUGAAAAGCACAGCAGUCUUACAUUCUUUGGGAAUUGGCUUCAUUAUCAAAUUGAUGUGCUUUUAAAAAUAAAACAGCUUUAGGCAAUGAAAUUCUGUAAUUUCAUAAAAAAUAAAAUGCUGUAUGUCUUCCCUAUGCUUGUGUGAGAUUUCCAAUGGAGAAGUUGGCCUCCUGUUUUCGCUUUGUCAUUCUGGGAUAUUGAGUGCUGCUUGAUGAGGGAAAAAAUGAAUUUAUAUAAUUUUAGCAUAAGACUGAAACAUAACAAUAUAGUAAAAGGGCUUGAAUACUUUCUGAGGGCAAUGUGCAUGUAUUCAUUUGUUUUAAAAAUACUUUUAACAGUAUUGUACCACAGUAUCUGUUUAAAUAUAUGUUUUCAUGUA